CACACUGUUUGUUGUUCAUAAAUAAACAAUUAAUUUCAAUUCCCUACAGAGAGAUCUGAUCACAUAUAUUAGAUUUAUCGUGUAAUAAAACACUGUUGUUUGUAAAACAUGAAACAUUUACAUGUGGGAAACACUUAUUACAGCAAUCAGCGACGUGAAGUUUGAAGGCUGCUAUUGUAAAGAAUUCUUUUUAUUGUUUUAAUUUAUAUAUUGAGUUUAAAUCGAAAUGUAUCAUAAAUCCGACGAUUUUGUUCAUUUCCGUCAAAGAUUUUGCAAUAAUGACAAUUUCAACGAUGAAUUAUGUGAUUUAUUCAAUAAAAAAUUUAAAUUUCGUUUCAAUGAUGAUUGGAAACUACCCGAAGAAGGAACCUGGUUUUCAGUACCACCGUGGCAGGUGAAGGAACUCGAGGUUUUAAAAAGUCGACUUAACUUUCAUAAGAGUCAGUUGAAUGAUUUCGAUAUAGAAGAGUGGAGCAGCCAUACUCGUCGGAGGAAUCCAGCUGGAGAAGUCACUUGGAAAAUAAGAUGCACAAUCAACCCUGAAUUUCUUACACAAGCGUGGACAAAGUUUUAUGAAUGUGCCCGAACUUACAAUAUUAUACCUGCAGAUGUAAAAUCUGAGCGUAAGAUGGUAUCAUUGCACUUGUGUGAGGCACCGGGAGCAUUCAUCACAUCUUUGAACCACUAUUUGAAGUUAAAUCAUCCUGGGAUACAGUGGACCUGGGUUGCUAACACACUAAAUCCAUACUAUGAGGGUAAUUCCCCAUCGAGCAUGAUCAGUGAUGACAGGUUCAUGUUUCACACCCUAGAUAACUGGCAUUUUGGGGUAGACAAUACUGGUAACUUAAUGGAUUGGGAAAAUUCACAAGCCAUCAUUAGAAAAGCGAAAUCCCUUGGAAAGGUUAUGUUAGUGACGGCAGAUGGCUCCAUUGAUUGUCUACAGGCACCUGAUGCACAGGAAGAGGCAACAUCUCUAUUACAUUACUGUGAAAUCACUACUGCCCUGCAAGCAUUAAGCCAGGGUGGAACUUUAAUAUUCAAGCUUUUUACUAUCUUCGAACAUAGCACUGUGAGUCUGCUUUACCUAAUUAAUCAUUUGUUCUCUGAAGUUAACAUCUACAAACCGGUCACCUCGAGACAGGGCAACUCUGAAGUGUAUGCAGUGUGCUUAAAUUAUAAAGGAAUGUCUAUACUGGAGAAGUUUACGCCGGUACUCAUGUCAGCAUAUGGAACGGAACUAUAUGGAAAUUUAUCAUUAUUCCGACUUGAUGACAUCCCAGAUACAUUUUUGAAGCAAAUCCAAGAGUGCGCAUGUUACUUUUGUUCAAUACAAUGUCAAGUUAUCAAUAAUAACCUGCAGGCAUACUUAAUGCAGAAUAAUAUCGCUCUACACCGAAAUAUAAAGAAAAUAAGGGCUGUUGUUGCUGACGAAUUUAUUUGGCAUUAUGACUUGAAACCCUUAAAUUCUCAUGAGGAGAUACUCAAAGGUAUUCUACAUGAGGAGAACAAAAUCAAUAUGAAUCCCAGAUACCACCGAGGAUCUUACACUGAACGACAGCUCUAUUCAAAGAUGUCUUUACGAGAGAAAUUGCACAAUUUGAACUCAUAUCUGCAUGCUGAAGUCCUAACGAAUCCUACAGUGUUGAUAAAUGAACCGGUCAAAUGGAAGAGAUUUUAUGAUGCUCCUAAAGAAAUAGAAUUAACAUUUACUUUUGGACGACCUUUACAAAAAAUUAAUAGCUCAAAAUUUAUAUUCGUGCCAAUAUUUAAGCUAUAUCAAAAGAUUUUAGAAGAGAAAGAAUUUAAACACAUUGCAGUAUGUACAGAUAGUAAUCGUGAUGUCAAUUUAACGGCACUAGAUUAUGAAGUGGACAAAGUGCUCUGCGUACAGGAGUACCGUUGCAGUGAAAGUUUUUAUAAAUAUGAGAAAAACUGUUUUAGAUCUAUAAUGAAAUAUUUGAGAAAUUUAUCUUCAAACGAGACUCUUGUAAUACAGAAUAUGAAUGCUUUAACCCAUUUUAUCGUGAGCAUUCUAUAUAUUCUCUCUGUUAAAUGUUUCGAGAAAAUUGGGUUUACAUCAACCAAUGGUAUAGUUUUAAGAAAUCUUAAGGAUCCAUCUGGACUGAAAUACUUAGAAAGUAUUGAAACUGAAUGUGAUAAUGUAUUAGAUGAUGACAAAAAGGAUUUGUUGAAUUCGUUGAAUGUACAAACAACGAAUGCUGGAGAUUUUUACUAUAGCAUCGUGUUCUACAAUAACACCUUUUACAGGAAUAAGUGUAUUGAGUAUUUGUCAAAAAUAGAGAAAUUAAUAUAAAAUGUAUGUUCGUCUUUUGCAUUUACUCUAAUAUUCUGAAUUCAAGACUUGAAAUUUAAUGUAUUUUUCUAGUGUACUUUACCUGUGUAAUUGUUGUGUCUGUUUGAAAUAUGUUUAAUAAAGUUAUCUCAAUGU